GAAAAAAUUUCCCCCUUUUCUCCCGUUAGAGGGAAAACGCGAGAAAAUCACUGAGAAAAUUGAACUCCAAAAAUUUUCCAGUCGAAACUCUGAAUCUUCGAAUCUGCUGUAAACUCUCUCUGUUGAAGAAUAAAGACUUGUUAUGUGGUAAAAGGUCUGCAUUUACUUUGAAUUUGGUGAAUUAUGGGUGACGAGACCGAAGUUGUGGCGGCAGCAGAGAAUGGAACUACUCUGCCGGAGAAAAUGGAAUCCGUUAUGGAGAAGAAAGAGGAAGAAAAUAAUGGAGUGAAAGAAAUGGAAGAAGACAGCAAAGGUGAUGAGAAAGUUGAGACUGAGGCGGUUGAAGCUGAGAAAAUGGAUGAAGACCUAGCGGCCAAGGAAGAGAAGGAAAACAAAGAACUAGAAGAAAAAGAGGAACCCAAAACUGAGGUGAUGGAAGAGGAUAAUGUGUCCAAAGAAAAUGAAGCAAGUGAAGAGAAGGUAGAGAGCAAAGAGAAUGUGGAAGAGAAGGUUGAUGGUUCUAAGGAAAAAGAGAAGGGAGGAGAGAUAAAGGAUGGGAAAGGGCCAAGGAAGCGAGGAAAAGGGAGGAGCAGUGGAGAGAGAGUCAAAGAUAAGGUGAAGGAAGUGGAAGAAAAAAAGGUGAAGGAACCAAGGACUCCUGCAGCUUCCACUAUUGCACGACCUGUACGGGAGCGGAAAUCUGUUGAAAGGCUCGUGGCAUCCAUUGAAAGAGACUCAACAAAGGAAUUUCAUAUUGAAAAGGGUCGUGGGACUGCACUGAAAGAUAUACCUAAUGUGGCAUACAAAUUGUCGAAAAGGAAGAGCGAUGACACUUUUAAAUUGCUUCAUACCAUUCUCUUUGGAAGGAGAGGAAAGGCGUUUCAGGUUAAGAAUAAUAUAUCCCGGUUUUCUGGCUUUGUGUGGCAUGAGAACGAGGAAAAACAAAAGAUUAAAGUAAAAGAGAAAUUUGACAAGUGCGUUAAAGAGAAGCUGUUGGAGUUCUGUGAUGUUCUUGACAUAUCAAUUGCCAAAACUACAACAAGGAAGGAAGAUAUCGUUACAAAGCUGAUAGAAUUUUUGGUGGCUCCUCAUGCUACAACUACUGUGUUACUUGCAGAAAAAGAGCAGUCAAUUAAGGGCAAAAAGCGCAAGAGGGUGGUCAAACGGAAUUCAUCUAUGUCUGGGAGCACAUCUUCAAAACGUUCAGCGAAGAGUCGAAGAAAGACUGAGGAUACUGAUACAAUGGAGGAGAAAAAGAGUAUACAUGACUCUGAAGAUGAUUCAGAAGAAGAGGAUGACAAAAAUGAAGAGGAGGAAAAUGAGAAUGGUAUUCCUGAAAGAUCUGAGGAUGAGAUAUCUGAGCGUUCUGAAAGUGAGGAAAAAGGAAAUGAAUCAGAAGAUGAGUCUGAAGAAGAAAUAGUAAAACGCAAACGAGAUUCAAAGAAAACACCCGUGAAGAAGGAAUCCGCAGGAAAAGCUAAAACCAAGAAAACACCAACACCAAAGAAAUCAAUCUCUCCACCAAAAAGGUCUAAGAAAUUAUCAUCAAACCGCUCUAAGGCUGAUGAUGACAGUGAUACAAGUCCAAAGGUGUUUUCAAGAAAGAAGAAAAAUGAGGUAGCUAAAGGAAGGUCUUCGACUCCAAAGAAAUCUGUCUCCAAGGAAAAACCUGGGAAAAAGGCGGUGAAAGGGAAGGACAAGCCCAAAGAAGAUAAAUCGAGUCCAAGUGAUGACGAAUUAAGAAAUGCAAUAUGUGAAAUACUUAAAGAAGUUGACUUCAAUACGGCUACAUUUACCGACAUUCUGAAGCAACUUGCUCGGCAGUUUGAAACGGAUCUUACUGCCAGAAAGUCAUCCAUAAAGCUCAUCAUCCAGGAAGAGCUUACAAAGCUAGCUGAUGAGGUUGACGAUGAAGAUGAAGAAGGUGAUGCUGAGAAAGAUGAAGCCCAGCCUGCCAGCCAAGAGGUGGAGGCCUGACCACCUAGAUAGCGCAAGGCAUAUGAAAAAUGGUAUACCUAAUUAGGUCUGUCAUUGCCCUUCACCUCUUUUCAAAUUCUGUUUGUGCACCCAUGUACUGUUUAGUUAUCUCUUGAGUACAUCCAGCUGUAACUUAUUCUAGUGUUUUAUUUCCUGGCAACAGACUAGUGUUGGUUAGAAAGUAGUGGAGGUUGAACUGCCCGAGCUAUGCUGCAGUUUUGCAGCCUGUUAUGUACACAUUAACAUCAUAAAAUCUUUAGGAAUUUUUCUCUCUUUAAUUUAACCGACUUAAAAGGGAUAGAUGUUUCAGUUUUGUUUCAGAUAUAGUCCGGUAUUUAUAUGCCAUACUUUUUUGAGUCAUGUAUAAUUUGAAUCUUGGGUGUAUGAUUUUCCUUUGGACGGUUACUGA